AUGGCAACUACCAAUACAAAUACAAUAUCAACAACAGUUACUUUUAGAUUCAACUUGUAUCAAUCUAUACAAGUAUUAAAUUCAUAUUUAAAUCAACAACAAAUAAAUACGAGUAAUAAUAAACAAAAUAAUAAUAUUACCAAAAAUAAAAUAUAUGAAAAGUUACAAUCGAUUUUUAAUAAAAGAGAAGAACAAUUCAGUGAGAAUGAUCGUGUUUUUGCACUGGACCAAUUAUCACUGAUCAUGAUGACAGAGGUAUCAGAGAGUUCUGUGAUCGCACGUAUAUUCCGACCGUUGAUCAUUGAAUUCGUCACACGUUAUCUCAACACACAUAAAAAUAACAUUGCAAGCAUCGAAACCAUCAGUGAUGUCUUUUCAAGAAUACUUCCAAUUGCGCCACAACUUUUAGCACAGCUUACAGAUUGGUCUGUUUCAAUCAAAAGUAAUAUUAAACAUGAAGCUAACAUUAUUAUAAAAAAACAAAGUGAAUUGGAAAAUGGAAUAUAUAAUUUUGAUAAAUCAAUUUUAUUUUUAAAUAACAAUGAAGAUUUAUUGUUAAUUUCAAAAUUAGAAGAAGAGCAACAACAACAACAACAAUUACAACAAAAAGUAAAUGAAAAUUGUUUUAUUAAAGAUUCCGAUUUUUCAGGAACAUGUGUAGAUGUUUGUGGUAUUCUUUUGUUCCGUAGAUUCCAACAACAUGCUGUCGGUGAUGCACAACAAGAUAUCUUGACAAAAUCUAGACAGCAGUUGGUUUACACACCAACCGUCAGUUCAAAUCUAAAGAGUUUGGCAAUUGCCGUUGGACUUGGCAAGCCAAUCUUAAUGGAGGGUGUCACUGGUGCCGGUAAGACUACACUGGUCAACGAGUUGGCUGCACUCACCGAUAACUACAGCUCGAUGAUUAAAAUACAUUUGGGUGACCAGACAGAUUCCAAGGUUUUGUUGGGUACUUAUAUCACCUCGGACGUCCCAGGUGAAUUCAAGUGGCAGCCAGGUGCUCUCACACAAGCCGUUAGCCAAGGUCGUUGGAUCCUGAUAGAAGACAUUGACUUGGCACCAAUUGACGUGCUAUCCGUUCUGAUUUCUCUGCUCGAGAGUAGAACUCUCUUUAUUCCGAGUCGUGGUGAAGCUAUCGAGGCAGCCAACGGAUUCCAGUUGUUUGCCACUCAGACUUUGUUUGGUGGACAUUCGCGUGACCAACACACCAAUAUUCUCAGUCACUUGUGGACACGUGUCGUCAUCGAAGCAAUGUCAGCCACUGAGAUGCACCAAGUUCUACUCACACUCUUCCCAGACUUGAAGCCAUUGAUCCAAAAGUUUAUUGACACCUUCAACUUGUUGUUGCGUGUACUCUCUGGUCAAGGAGCUGCCAAGUCAAACACUAUCAAUGUCGAUCUUCAAGACACCAAUUUCCAGAUGUCAACCAACCGUUUCCUCUCAUCGAGAGAUCUUCUAAAGUGGAUAAAGCGUUGCAAUCAACGAUUGAUGCACAGCAAAAUCACACAUUUCACAUCAACUAUUCAAGAUGUAGUUUUCACAGAGGCAGUCGAUUGUUUCUGUUCGAUGAUUCCCAAGCGUAAUCUUCGUGUCAAGCUGAUCGAAGUCAUUGGACGUUGCUGGGAUCUAACAAGUGAGCGUAUCCAGCAUUUCAUCGAUUUAUACAAACCUCAGGUGCAGAUCGAUACUCAAUCGCUCAAGGUAGGACGUGGUAACUUGACAAUGUUGACCAAGUCCGAUCAAGUCAACUUAAAAUCGGCAUCUGGACAACAGAAACAACGUACUACCACCUCAACUUUUGCACAUACUAUCAACUCGCUGCGUUUAAUCGAAAAGAUAUCAGUUUCAAUUGAAUUCAACGAGCCUAUUCUGCUUGUCGGUGAGACUGGUACCGGUAAGACAUCGGUCAUUCAAUACAUUGCCGAUCAACUUAACCAAAAGUUGGUAGUACUCAAUCUCAAUCAGCAAUCCGACAGUUCCGACUUGAUUGGAGGAUUUAAGCCGGUGGAGAUGCGUCUUCUUUGCGCACCACUCAAGCAGAGAUUCGAGUCGAUGUUCAAGGACACCUUCUCAGAGACAUCCAACACUGUUUUCCUCGAGAAAAUUCAAACCAGUUUUGCCAAUCGUAAUUGGAAGUCAUUCAUUUCGCUACUCACAAAGGCAGUGCGCUUGGUUGAGAAGCAACUGAACAAAGAAAAGUCAAACAAGGAGCAAGGCACCAAAAAGUCUCUGCGUCCAGAGAAACGUCAGCGUUGGAAGAACUUUGCCGCUGAAGUUGCCACUCUUUCCAUGCAGUUCGAACGUUCCAAGAACAGUUUUGCAUUCUCUUUUGUUGAGGGAUCGCUUGUCGAUGCCAUUCGCAAGGGUCACUGGGUACUUCUCGACGAAAUCAAUCUUGCAACCUCGGAAACACUCGAGAGUUUGUCAGGUCUAUUUGAAGGUGGAUCGCUCACUCUCACAGAGAAAGGUGAAGUCGAACCGGUUACACGUCAUCCAAACUUCAAGGUAUUCGCAUGUAUGAAUCCACCGACCGACAUUGGAAAGAAGGAUCUUCCACCUGGAAUUCGUAAUCGUUUCACCGAGUUCUAUGUCGAUGACUUGGAUAACCGUGCCGACCUCUGUCUCGUUGUGAAAACACUGUUGACCGACUUGGUUCCACACCCACCCAUCGAAGAGAUUGUCGACUUUUAUUUGGCCACCAAGAAGGAAGCUCAACUGAGAUUGUUGGACGGUGCCAAUCAGAAACCACAUUUCUCACUACGUACAUUGUCACGUGCAUUACAUUACACCCGAUUUGUCAGUCAACAAUUUGGAUUCCAACGUGCUCUCUAUGAGGGUAUCAACAUGUCGUUCCUCACACAGAUCAAUCGUCAAUCCACUCCAAUCAUGGAGCAACUUAUCAACCAAUACAUAAGAAAAGGUGACGCCAAACAAUACAAACAGCCAUUGAAACAACCAUCGGAAAAACACAUUCAAAUCGAACAAUUCUGGGUACAAACAGGUGAAAAUGAACCAGUAGUUCCACAACACUACAUCUUGACCCAAUCCAUCAAAACAAACUUGAACAAUCUUGCAAGAAUUUUAGUUUCAAGAAAACAUCCAAUUUUAUUACAAGGUCCAACAUCAAGUGGAAAAACAAGUAUGGUUGAAUAUUUAGCUAUUAGAACAGGUCAUAGAUUCAUUAGAAUUAAUAAUCAUGAACAUACUGAUUUACAAGAGUAUCUUGGACAAUAUAUCUCUGAUGAUAAAGGUAAAUUGGUAUUCCAAGAGGGUAUUUUGGUUGAAGCUGUUCGUAAUGGUUAUUGGGUAGUUCUGGACGAGUUGAAUUUGGCACCAUCCGAAGUAUUGGAAGCACUCAAUCGUUUGCUUGAUGACAAUCGUGAACUUUACAUUCCAGAGACUCAAGAGAUUGUCAAACCACAUCCAAGCUUCAUGUUGUUCGCCACUCAGAAUCCACCAGGUCUCUAUGGUGGUAGAAAAGUAUUAUCUCGUGCCUUCCGUAAUCGUUUCCUAGAGUUGCACGUCGAUGACAUCCCAGAGAAUGAAUUGGAAGAGAUUCUUGGCAAACGUUGUAAGUUGCCACCUACCUACUGUAAGAAGUUGGUUGCCAUCAUGAAGGAGUUGCAACUCAAUCGUCAGGGUGCCAACCAAGUAUUCGCUGGAAAACAUGGAUAUAUUACAUUCCGUGAUCUUUUCCGUUGGGCAGAGCGUUACCCUUCAUCUUAUGAUGAACUUGGUAUUGCCGGUUACAUGCUGUUAGCUGAACGUCUUCGUAAGGACGAGGAGAAAGCAGUGAUCAAAUCUGUCAUUGAGAAACAUCUCAAGAUAAAGAUGGACAUGGAAAAGAUCUACGAUUGCUCAGCAACCGAAGAGUUCAAAGAGAUGUUGGAAAUUCUUGCAAAGGAUUUGCCACCUACCAUGGGAUAUCUAGAGAAGAUCGUUUGGACUGGUUCAAUGAAGCGUUUGUUUACUCUUGUAGGACAAUGUCUUCGUUUCAAGGAGCCAAUUUUAUUGGUUGGUGAAACCGGUUGUUCAAAGACAACAAUCUGCCAGUUAUAUUCACUUUUGACAAAGCAGCAUCUCCAUAUAUUGAAUUGUCAUCAACAUACAGAGACAGCGGAUUUCCUUGGUGGAUUGCGUCCAGUUCGUGGUCGUGAACAACUCUUGCAGAAAUUCCAUCAAUUAAUCGAACAGACUGGUUUGCCAAUUGAUCUCCAAGCAAUUCAACAACCACAUGAACAGCUAGAGCAAGUACAACAACUUGCCAAACAGUCAAGCGAUGAUAAGAAGAUUCAAGAGUUACUCAAGGAAAUUGAAGCAACUUUCAAUCAAUAUCAAUCGUUGUUCACUUGGGUCGACGGUCCUUUAGUUGAAGCCAUGAAACAAGGUCAUUAUUUCUUGAUUGAUGAAAUCUCAUUGGCAGAGGAUGCUGUUCUCGAACGUUUGAAUUCCGUUCUCGAGCCAUCGCGUCUCUUGGUUCUCGCUGAGAAGGGUGGUCUCAACAUUGAGGAGUUGCGUGGUGCUGAAUCAUUUAGAAUUAUGGCAACCAUGAAUCCAGGUGGUGAUUUCGGAAAGAAAGAACUUUCACCAGCCAUGCGUAAUCGUUUCACAGAGAUUUGGGUUCCUGCCAUCACCUCACACCAAGACUUACUUCAGAUCAUUGAAGAGCGAUUCACACCACAACUUAAAUGUUACUCACAAUCAAUGUUGGAGUUCAUCGAGUAUCUCAAUCAGGUCCAAAAGAACAAACGUACCAUUUCACUUCGUGACAUCUUGUCGUGGGUGUCAUUCAUGAAUCUUUCUAUUGAGCGUGGUUUGUUGAAGCCCGACCAAUCCUAUGUCCAUGGUGCCUGCUUGGUUCUGCUAGACGGUUUCGGAAUGGGUGCCAACUCCACUUCGGAAUCCGAUGGUCUCAGACUGAGAAAGUUAUGUCUCACACGUUUAAUUGAACAGAUUACCGAGGAAACAUCGCGUCGUGAGUUGACUGUUCACUUCCUUGAGCAUCAAGAUAAUCCUACCGCAGCAAAGAACUUUAUACAUGGAGAUCGCUUUGGUGUUGAACCAUUCUUUAUCUCUUUGAAUAAGGAACGUGCUUCAAAGAUUCAAUUCUCACUUGGAUCACCAACCACCUCAAGAAAUGCCUUGCGUGUUCUCCGUGGAAUGCAAUUGCCACGUGCCAUCCUAAUUGAAGGUUCGCCAGGUGUCGGUAAGACAUCGCUCAUCACUGCCAUUGCACAAGCCACUGGAAAUCAAGUGGUUCGUAUCAAUUUGUCAGAGCAAACCGAUAUUAUGGAUCUGCUAGGUUCUGAUCUUCCUGUAGAGGGAGGUAAAGGUGGACAAUUUGAGUGGCGUGACGGUAUCUUCUUGAAGGCUCUCCGUGAAGGUAGUUGGGUUUUGUUAGACGAGUUGAAUCUUGCAUCACAAACCGUGUUGGAAGGUCUCAAUGCUUGUUUGGAUCAUCGUGCUGAAGUAUUCAUUCCAGAGCUUGGAAGAACAUUCGCUUGCCAUCCUUCAUUCCGUGUCUUUGCCUGCCAGAAUCCAUUGCAUCAGGGUGGAGGACGUAAGGGUCUACCAAAGUCAUUCUUGAAUCGUUUCACUCAGGUGUUUAUCGACCAAUUGGAUGCCAGUGAUCUACUGUUCAUUACCAGUACCAGAUACCCACAGAUCAAACCAGAGGUAUUGGCAAAGAUGAUUGAGUUCAAUCGUGUAUUGCAUCACGACUCUAUGGUCGAUCCAAAGUUUGGAAGAAAGGGAUCACCAUGGGAAUUCAAUCUUCGUGACAUUUUCCGUUGGUGCGACCUUGUUGUCGCCGAUAGUGAACACCUUGCCAACUACGGACGAUUCGUAGAUCUCAUCUACUUGCAACGUAUGCGUACCAAAGAAGACAGACUCUAUAUCCAGUCACUCUACAACCGUCUCUUUGCCGAAAAUCCAAUGGAUUUCGAGGAUCAAUCGUUGCCUCAAUUCUCAUUGACACCGCAAUAUGUCCAAAUCGGAAAGUCACUGGUCCAUAGAAAACAACAGCAUUCCGACAUUGCCAAUUCCAACAAUCUUCAGGUACUUCAACGUUUGUUGAAUCCUCUAGAAUCAAUUCUCAAAUGUAUUGAAAUGGGAUGGAUGUCCAUUCUCAUUGGAUCUACCUCGACCUCCAAGACAUCAUCGAUUCGUCUGCUAGCACAACUCACUGGAAACACUCUCUACGAGUUCUCCAUGAAUAGUUCUGUCGAUACCACCGAGUUAUUGGGUGGUUUCGAACAAGUUGAUUUGGUUCGUCACCAAAAACGUAUUGCCAAUGCAACCAAAUCGUUGAUCGAUGCCAUCUCUGGUGACAUCUUACAACAAAUGACACCAGAUGCCAAUGUUAUUAAUUCAUCGAUUGCCGCGGUUCAAGACAUUCACCAAGCAUGGUCAAUCUUUAAGACACGCUCUUCAUUUGUAGAUCUCAGUAUCCACAGCAGUCCUAAAUCAGCCUCGACCACAACCAAUACUCCAGCAAUCGAUAUGGAGCAAUUCAGUAUAUUGAUACAAAUUCUCGGUGCACUCGAAAAGGUUAUCCAACAAUUCCCAGCAUUUGAGCGUGCCAAUCAAUAUCUUGAAGAGAUUCAAACGAUUCACCAACAGAUCGAUCGUCUUAAACUCAUUGAAAACGAAUCGGUCACAGGUUGUUUCGAGUGGAUCGAUGGUCUAUUAAUAAAGGCACUGGAAACAGGUGCCUGGAUUGCCAUUGACAAUGCUAAUUUCUGUAAUCCAACUGUACUCGAUCGUUUGAAUCCUUUGCUUGAGAACGAUGGUGUUCUCAUGUUAUCUGAACGUGGUAUGGUCGAUGGUGAAGUAAAGAUUAUCAAGCCACAUCCCGAUUUCCGUAUCUUCUUGACAAUGGAUGACCGUAAGGGUGAGAUAUCUCGUGCCAUGCGUAACCGUGGUAUUGAAAUCUAUCUCUUUGAGGCCGAUAUCACUAUGGACUCGAACGUCAUUGACAACACACGUCUGCUUGCUGCUCAAGGUAUUCCAUCAUUAGCACUUGCACGUCAGAUGAUUGCCUUCCAAACCUAUGUACUCCAACAGUUUGGAUCUACCAUUGAGAAUCCAAUUACGCUCUCACAUAUUAUCUAUUGGGGACGUCUACUUGUUGACUUGCUUCAACGUGGUUACUCACUCGCUAGAGCUUUGCACAUCUCAAUGCAACAGAUAUUCAUACGUCCACGUCGUCACAACAGUCAGAGAGAAGCAAUCAAUAGACAUUUCCACACAUUGUUCUCAGACGCACAAUUAAAGUCAAUGUUACUCAACCAAGAAUCCAGCCAAUCUUUGGAAUCACUCGGAUUCUUCCCAGUAGAUCAUUUCGAUCUUCUUAGUCGUUCCACUCAGUACGCUCUUAACAAGGAUGUUGCAACACUCAAGCAUUUCAACUUCCAACAUGAAUUCAACCAGAAUCAAACUAAAAUCAUGAAUGAAACAAUGAUUAACAGUAUCAUUGAGAAUCCAUCCAAGUAUUUGUUAUCCGUACCAACUUGGUUGUUAUCUGCAGUCCUAUUCAACCCGUCUACCAACAAAAAUGAAUUACAUACCAUCAGUGAGCAGCAACAAGUCGAUCAACAAAGUAAAAUCGGUCAAUAUAUCCAAUACUCUGGACUAUACUUUAUCGAAUCGAUUUCAACUCACAAUCAAAAGGAACGUUUGAAAUGGUUGAAGCAACAACAACAACACUUUGGAAAAGCUCAAUGUGAUAUGUAUACAAGUGUUAUCAAGUCAUUAUUUGCUAGCCCAUUGUACAGCUCUUUCGAUGUAAAGUUGAAUCAAUUGUUGGAAAAGUUGUCACUUCCCAAGUAUCUAGCCGAUUUCCAAGGUCACCAAUGGAAGAAUAACGAGUCACUCUUUGAGUUACUCUCUGAAAAGUCAUCGGCCAAUCAAGAAACCAAACAAGAUUGGCAAUCCAUUGUCCAUUUCAUGGACUUGCUCAAGAUCUUGUUGUUCCACCACUUCCAGUCAUAUCUUCAACAGAGAAUCUAUUUGGCCGGUAUGAAAGAAACAGUGUCAAGCAAUAUGACACCGGUAUUACAAUCGUACUUGUGCUCUGCUAAAAAGAUUUCAAAGGAAUCGCUCACCUCUGAGAUUAUCAUGUAUCUCUAUCCAUUCUUCAAGUCACUCUCUGAACAAUUUGAACAGUGGGUAUCUUCGAUCGUGCAGGUACUCGAGAAGCCAAGCGAAUCACUCACCACCAUCAUACCAAUGGCCAAGAUUGAACAUCUUGUUCGUUUGAUGGCCAAUUUCUGGAAGAGUUUGAAUGUUGCUCCAUCGUUCAGUCUCGGUGAAUUCAUCAUUCGUUGGAAGUGGAUGAUAAAAGAAGUUCGUUCGAUCAACCAGAUGAAUCAAUCAUUGUUUGGUAUCUCUGCAAAUCUCAACACUGUUGCCGAGCAUAUUCAACGUCAAUUGAACCAAUCCAUGUUGUUUAGCAAUAACAAUCGUCUUUGGAAACAGAAUGGACAUCCUAUUGUAAUGAAGACCGAACAACUCGUUCAAUUGGAUCAAGAGUUCUUGGAUCUUGCACAAAAGGUUCAAUUCAAUCAUCGUGCCAUCAACGAAUCACCACUCUUACACCCUAUUUCCUUUAUUACACAAGAGUGGAGAUCUACAUUUGUUGAGGCACUCUCCACACUCUAUUGGAUCAACUAUCAGUAUUAUGAACAUGACCAACGUGCUGCAGACAAUCAAUCCAAUCCACCUGCUCUAGGACUAUCUGCCAUGGAGAAUGCCAAACAGUUGAUACCAUCUCUAGUCGAAGUUCAGUCCGUUUUGAAAUCGAAACUGGAAGCACUCCAACAACAGAACAACAAGAUGAAUAGUAACACCAUUUCAACAACAAUUGACCCCGAGCGAGGUGCUAUGAGUGAAGAGGAGCAAAAGGCUGCUGCUCAGCAUGUUGGAAGUGUCAAGUUUGAUCUAUCGACACUCAGACACAGUAAGAGCGGAAUGUGGCCAUUGUUCCAACAUAGUUCUGCGUUGCUGGAGAGUUCUAUUAUUUCUCGUUUGACAUUGCUCUUGUUGAAUCACAAUCUUGAUACAACAAAGGGAGUUGUCAAAGUCGAUCAAAUUCUCCCAAUGAUCAGCGGUUUGAUCGGUGAUCUCUCCACUUAUCUUGGAAACUCACUUUCAGAUCAGACUGUUGUGAAUCCAGUUUCGUUGGUUCCCUACCAAAAAUUGAAAUGGAUGUUAGAAGGUAUCCAGGAAUCAACCAAACGUGGUACUUCCAAUGUCAACAUUGGAAUCGUGGAAGUACAAUCGAUCAUUCAUUCGAUUCUCUUUAAUUGGAACCAAACUUUGUGGAAUAACAGUUUCAAUGAUCUCUCUUAUCUCGAGAGAUCAUCAAAGCCAAGCUAUUUGUUAGCCAACAAAUCAGUACCAUUACCUGUUACCACUAGAUUUGAUUCAAUUACACUUGGAAGUGGUCCACCUCGUUUAUUCCAAAGUAUUCAAAGUAUAUUCUCGUUCUACCUGACCAAUGAAUUCCAAUAUACAACCCUUCAAAAUGUUCCAAACAAAAUCAGCCAAAUCCAAUCAUUGAUCAGUCAUAUCGGUAGUUUACCAUCGAAUCCAAAGUCAAUCUAUCAAACAGAGUGGGUUUCCUAUGUAAAUCUUCUUUUCGUUACCGUUGGUUGUUUCGUUAAAUUAUAUCAGUCUGAAGAUCAAUCGCAACUGCUCAACCAAUUGCUACAACUCGGUCAACAAGUUGGUCAAUGGUCAAUGUCUGCCGAGCUCGUUGAACAGUUAGCCGGUCUUCUCAAACGUAGCAGCAACUCAACAUUUAAUCAACACAUUGAAAAGUUGAUUGUUCCAGCACUUGAAACUCUACACAAACGUUUGAAAGAACCAGUUGUCAGUACUCUUGACGACCAGACCAUGUUGGGUAAAUUCUCAUUGUUGGUUUCUUGCUUCCGUGUCCUCUGGUUGCUACCUGUACAUCCAGUCGAUCCCACUCAAAAGUAUUCAGUAAUUCUCGACUAUUCCAAGGAGAUUUUGAAUCAAGUCGAAGAUGAGUUGUAUAUUCGUCAGUUGAUUGAACGUCAACAAACUGGAAAGCAAACCAAUCUUAUGAUCAGAGAAUUGACCACCAAGAAGGAGGAGAUUGACCAACAACUCACUCUUCAACAGAAACGUAUUACUUUGCGUCCAGUGCCAGGACAAUUCGAACAUCUACAUAGAGAUCUCACUCAAUUCGUCGCACAAUUCGCUCAAAUCGAUAAGAUUGUAGAUUUGGUCGAUCAGUUUGAGCGUGGAACCACCGAACUCGUUGUAUUAUUCACAACCGAGUCGAUGUGGCAAGAGAAAUCCGAUAACUUUAUCAAUUCACUCAACAAGAAGUAUCAUUUGUACUAUAGAGAUAUCUCUGUACCAAUUGCAACUGCAGUUCUUCAAAUGAAAUAUGGUUUGAGAAUGAUGUGUGAUGCCACCAAACAUCGUUCCAUCUCUGCCUCUGGCGAUGUCAACAUGCUCCAACUCCAACAGGUUCUCAACACUGUGUGCAGAUUCCCAAGAUUCGAUCACAACAUCGAUCCUUUGGCUAGUUGUGAACAAUUGGUAUCGAGAGAGACAAUCCAAUCGAUUCGUAAUAUCUUGAUUUCUCGUGAUUCCACUGGUGACUCUACCAGCUCUUCCGAUUCCAACUACCGUGUCAUUGCACUCCUAGUGAAAUCUUCGGUUGCACAACUCUUUUCACAUUUGGCCAACAGUAAAUAUCUCACCAGUGAUAUUCUCAGAUCGGUUGACUCUAUCUUUAGAAUAUUCAUUGAGGAGUAUAAACACCAGGAAGAAGAGCGAAAGGCUGCUGAAGCAGAGGCCGCCCAAACUGUCAAGUUCCGUACCAAGUCACACAAGAUGGAGACAAUGGAAGAACGUGAUGAACGUGUAUUCCUUACUUCAUUCCCUAAUUUCUACAAGGAAUUCUCAGACCUCGAGGAUAUUCUCAUUGAUUCAUCGAUGGCAGUUGAUGAUGAAGCACCACCAGCACAAUCUCAGUCUACCGGUGGAGAUGCUAAUGACAACGAAGAGGAUGAAGAUGCUAUUCUCUUUAACCAAGCCAUUACUGAUGAAGAGAUUCAACAGAUCUAUUUAAUUCACAAGCAGCUAUUUAGUCAAUUGGAUGGUAUUUCAUUGCCAUCGAAACAAGUCCAAUUGGAAAUCAAUGAGAGAGAUCGUGUCAAAUUGUUUAAGAUGUUCUAUGAAUGUGGUAAUUUGUUGCUCAAAGUCAUGGAUCAACGUGCUCCAACUAAAUUCGAUCAAGAUUCACUUGGUGCCCACCUUCUCAAUGCCAUUCUCGUUAAAGAGAAACUCUCUGAGAAUCCACCCUCUAUGAUAACCUAUUCAAAGCUCGAUAAGAACUUCAAAUUCAUCAAGCAGGUUUCAUCGCUCGGUAGUAACGCCAAUGAUUCUGUUCUGAGCCAUGACACCACCGUAUACAACAUCUACACUGACAGCAAUAUCGCAGAGAUUACCAUUGUCCGUGAACCACUUAUUGCACUCAAGAAUCGUAUUGCCGAGUUGCUAGUGGAAUUCGAAGAGCAUCCAAUUCUAUCGUUGCUCCUCAGACUUUGUAAUCGUAUUCUCGAAUGUCCUUCGAGCGAUCCACUCAUCAAGAUUGUCACAGGUUUGGAGUUACUAGUUAGAAAGGCACAAGAAUGGGAAGCAUUUGCUCACAAACUCAUUUCAUUGAGAGAGCCACAUCUCAACACUCUGUUCCGUAUUAUCACUCGUUGGAGAAAGUUGGAGAUUGAAUCCUGGCCAACAGUAUUCCAGAACCAAGAGAGACAAUGCGAGUUAAAGUCACUCAAGACUUGGAUGUCACUCUAUGAAAUUGUCAAUGACACACCAACCAUAGAGGUUCUCGAAGAUCAAGACCAGCUCAAUGCUCACUUUGAGGAAAUCUUCAAGACAUUACAAGAAUAUCUUUACACUUCAUCGUUUGGAGAGUUGACUACUCGCCUAGCCACUUUGAAGACAUUUGACAGUCAACUAUUGGCAUCGGUACAGUUGUCAGAGAAUAACGUUGAGAAGCAAUACAAGUUGCGUCUUUCCUACAUUGUUCAUAAUCUAUACAAGUAUUUCUACAACUUCUUGCCAGUAUUCGAAAAGAAGUUGGCACAACUCAUUCAACCAAUCGAAGAGAAAGCUAUUGAAUUCAUUAGAUUGGCUCGUUGGGAAGAUAACAAGUUGUUGACUCAAUACGAAAGAUUGAAAGCACACAUUGAAAAGUCACACAAGACACUCGCCAAGAUCACAAUCAACUACAAGAAUGUCCUGGCUCAACCAGUAUUCAAGAUCUUCACAGAGUUGGAUGCCGACAAAUUGGAUUUGGAACACAUUUCAAUCAAUGGAGUCAAGCAACAAAAGAAGACAACAAAGAAGUCCAAGAAUUCAGUUCAAGCCGCAAUUAGCUACGAGGUUUUGGAUCUCAAUGAUUGGAUUCAACUUGGUGGUAAUCGUUAUCACUCUAACCGACAAGAUAUCGCACCGAUUUCUGUAGAACAAGUUUUACAAGCUAGAUUCCAGCUUCAGAACGCUGAACUUCAUCAAAAUCAACUUGGUUUACUGAGCCGUAGAUUGGCCGAUAUCGCUCAAAAGGAUAUCCUAGAGUGUCAAGCAUAUGAAAUGGUUCAUCUUGGUGUCGAAACACUCGACCAAUUGGCAGGUGAAAUCAUUGAGCAGACCAACCAUUUGUCAACAAACGACGAUGUCAAGCGCAAAGAAAAGCAAUUUGCAUUGCAACAGUUGAUCGGUAAAUUGACAGAUCUCGGUGUCCAAUACCGAUUGUCAUUCUAUCCACAAGAGCAGCUUCAAACCAACUAUCUCUUUAAUGUGCCAUCGAUCGUUGACUCUGCAUUGUCAGUGACAUCGUCCAGCAAGCUGAUCAAUGGUAAUGCAUUGAUUCAUCAAGCCGAUGCUUACUACUACCGUAUUGUAGCUCGUGUCAAUAUCCUCCGUCAGAAAUCAUUGGAGUUCCAUUCAGAUCUCACUCAACGUGAGGUACAAAAGACAGGUGGAUUCGUCGAGUACCUUCUCUCGCAACUCAUUCAACAGCGUUCAGAGAUUAUCCAAUAUCUUGAGCAGUUCAAUGUGUUCAACUCAUUCGUAUCGCUAUUCAAUAGCUUGGUGAGUGAAUCCAGCAACACCAUUGCAAACUCACAAACACUUGUUCAACGUUGUCUCCAUUCUCAACAAUAUCAGUUCAACAAGAUGACAAAUCUCACCAGUGAACUCUGCUUAUUGGCAACCAAACAAAACGAUUACCUUCCAUCGGAAUCAAAAUCAAUGUUGAUUGAACUCAACAGUAGAAUUGCCACUCUCAAACAAUCGGUUGACAAUGAAAUUGGAAAGGGACGUCAGCUCUACCAGUUCCUUGACAAGUCACUCACUGUUGCUACAAGCCAGACCUAUCAAUUGCUUGUUGAUAAUAUCGAAACCAUCAAAUCUAUCGUUAGCAAAUCACAAGAAUUCAUUCAAUCUCUUGGAAAUAACCAAAAUAUUUUCAUUUCUCCAAUUAAUCAAUUAAUUCAAUCUUCAAAUGAAUUGAUAAACAACUGGAAUAAUGAUAAUAAUGAAGUUUCAAAGAUUAAUAGAGAAUCAGAUCCAGAAUCAGUUCAACAAUUUACCAAUGUAUUGGAAAAUAUAAUUGGUCAUAUUUUGUUAUCUAUUCAAAAUAAGAAGAAACUUUCAAACUCUAUUCAAAAGAAGGAGGUUUUAGAUACCAAAGAAAAAGAUCAAGAUCAAGAUGAAGAGGAACAAGCUGAAUAUGAAAUUAUUGAUGGACAUGUUUCAAAGCUCUACAGUUAUCUUUCAAAGCAACUCUCAAUGUUACAUCUUGAUACAUUAAAUAUUGAAUUCAAGAAUCUUCAUUCUUUAUUGGUUCAAGAUAAAUUUACAAUUGAAGAAUUGAAUUUGAUAAAGAUGAAAUUGAAUCAAGUUCAACCAAUGUUAAAUCAAUUCCUUUUGAUUUCCAAUCAAUCGGUUAUGGAUAUGUUUGCUCUUCACAAGACUGUCUCCAAAUUAGAGUAUAUCAUAACUGGUGUGUUCCUUCAGUUGUACAGUAAAGGUUUCUGUAAGAAAGAGGAUCAAGAUACUGAAGCCGAUGGUGAUGGUUCAGGUGAUUUUGAAGACGAUGUCGAGGGAACCGGUAUGGGUGAAGGUGAAGGAAAGAAAGAUGUAUCCGAUCGUAUCGAAGACCAAGAGCAAAUCAUGGGAACCAAAGAUGAAAAGAAAGAAGAAAAGGAGGAGAAAGAAGAUGAUAAGGAUGAAGAUGAAGAGGACAAGGACAAAGGAUUCGAUAUGGAGAAUGAUUUCGAAGGUGACAUUAAUGACGUCAAGAAAGAUGAAAAGGACGACAGUGACCAGGAAUCAGAAGAAGAAGAAGAACAUGACAAAGAGAUGGGUGAGCUCGAGAAACCAGAGGAUAACGUCAUCGAUGAGAAACUCUGGGGUGAGGAAGAUGUCCAAGAUGAAGAGGAGCAAAAAGAAGAAGGAAAAGGUGAAGAAACCAACUCUGAUGAAGUCAUGGGUAAGGAUGAAGACGAGCAAAAGAAGGAUGACAAGAAGAAGAAUGAUGACAAGAAGAAGGAAGAAAAGAAGAAAGAAGAAAAGAAAGAAGAAAAAGAGGAGAAAGAUAAGAAUAAUGAAGAAGAAGGAGAAGAUGAAGAUAGUGAAAUGGGCGAUGAAGAAGACUUUGUAGGUGAAGAUGAGGAUCAAGUAGAGAAUCAAGAGGACCCAGAGGAAGAUCAUCAUUUGGAUCAAAGAAAAGAUGAACAGUUUGAAAUUCCAGAGAAUAUGGAAAUUGAGGAUGAAGAAGAAGAACCAGGAGCUGAAGGUGAAGAGAAAGAAGAGGAUCCAUUUGAAAUUCCAGAAGAUGAUGGAAAGAACAAUGAUGAAGAAGGCGAAGAUAAGGAUAAGGAAGAUGAAGAGAAAGACACUGAUGGAUCCGAUGCCGAUGAAGAGAAAGAUGACGAAGAGAAGGAGAAUGAAGAGGAAAAUGAACAAGACUUUGACGGUGGUGAAAACAAAGGUGCUGAUAUGGACCAUGUUGAGCCUGAAUCCGACAAGGAAGAUGAGAAAGAACAAGAGGAAGACAAUGGAACCUCCCUUACAGCCAAUGAGCAAGACCAACCUCAAGAGUCUGAGCAACCACUCGGUGUCAAGGACAAGACUGGUAUGAAGUCAAACUCUGCCAAUCAGGAACAAGACGAAGAGGAUCCAGAGAACAAGGACGAAGAUGCUGGUGAUGACAAUGGAACUGCCUUACCAACUCCUUCAAACGACGCCAACAAUUCAUCGCUCAAGAAUAUGCGUAAUCCAAAUGCACAACAACAAGCCGCUCCACAAAAGAAACAGAAGCCUCAAAUCGAUCCAAAUCCAUACAGAUCAUUGGGUGACCUCCAGAAAGAGUGGAAGAAGAAACUAAAGAUGUUGAACGACGAUGAACAAACCGAAGAUACCAACAUCGAUGAGAAAGCUCCAAAACAAGAUGACUCUGCUCAGGACAAAGAGGAUCAACAAGAAUAUCAAUACAUUCCCGAGGAUAAAGACAACAAGGAAGUAGAUACUGAGCAAGCACUUGGUGCUGCAACAGAGAAUCAAAUGCAAGAGGAUCAUCCUAAACAACAAACCGAGUCAGAAGAUGAUGGCCAAGACGACGAGAUGGACAUUGACCAACAAGAGAUUCAACAUAAGGAUCAUCCAGAGAACGAACAGAAACUCCCAGAUAAAAAGACGGCCACAAUGUCUAAAAUGCCAAUGGCCGAGAACAAACCAAAGAUCCAAGAGGAAGCCGAAGAAGAAGAGAAACUCAAAGAAAAAGAGAACGAGGAUGAAACCGAAGGUGAUACUGAUGUUCUUACCAAAGACAAGUCCAAAGAGAACAUCUCACGUGAAGGUGGAAUCAAGGAUGAAGAUGCUGAAAUGUCAGAAGAAGAUGAUCAAGACACCGCCGACGAAGAUCAGCAAGUAGACAAGAGAAAGUUGACUCGUGACGAUUUUGACAAGAUGAGACAAGAUCUCGAGCAAUGGAAGGUUGAAAACUCCAACAAACUAGAGUAUGGUAAUGAACUAUGGAAGAAGUACGAACAACUUACAAGCGAUCUAUCACAAGAUCUUUGUGAGCAACUUCGACUCAUUCUAGAACCAACUUUGGCAACAAAACUUGAAGGUGAUUACAAGACAGGUAAGAGAAUUAAUAUGAAAAAGGUAAUUCCUUAUAUUGCUUCUCAGUUCAAGAAGGAUAAGAUCUGGCUGAGACGUACCAAACCAAAUAAGAGACAAUAUCAAGUGUUGUUGGCUAUUGAUGACACUGAGAGUAUGGCAAUCUAUCACUCAGGUCAGUUUGCAUUGGAAGCAAUGACAAUGAUCAGUAGAGCAAUGUCUCGUUUGGAAGUUGGUCAACUUGGAAUCAUGAGAUUCGGUGAAGAUGUCAGUUUGGUUCAUUCCUUCGACCAGCCAUUCUCUGACCAGUGCGGUGCCCAAAUCAUCCCGCAAUUUACUUUCAAACAGGGUAAGACAGAUAUGGUAACAUUCCUAUCGAAAUCAAUUCAAAUCAUGGAGAUGAACAAACAGAUGCAGUCGUCAGAGGCUGCCGCUCAGUUAAUGUUUAUCGUAUCUGAUGGUUGGUCACUUCGUGAUCCAGAGAACACCAAGAAGUGGCUACGAGAAGCAAAGAAUAAGAAUUUAUUCAUUGUAUUUAUAGUAAUUGAUAAUCCUGUCAACAACCAUAGCAUCUUAGAUUUCGAAUCAAUCUCAUUCAACAAUGGAAAGAUUCAAAGAACAAACUACAUGAAUGAAUUCCCAUUCCCAUAUUACGUUAUUCUUAGAUCACUUGAGAAUCUUCCACAAAUCUUGGGUGAUACUCUCAGACAAUGGUUCGAAAUGAUUAAACAUAUCGAAUAA